AUGAGCAGUGUUGGAACCAAGCUCUCCGACGAUACCGAGCGACGUAUACGAGCACAAACUCACAUGAGCAGCAUGUUCCCGAGGCAUCCGGAUCAACACUCUGGCGUCAUAUCAAACAUUGCCGCAUAUAUGUCUCUUCCCAGCUUUGCGCCCGAGAUUGCCCAGCUCGGCGAAGUUCGUGGGUCAGAGUUCUUACCUUUUGCUCUCUACGAUUUGGCUGGCAUCCCGAGCAAAGACAUCGAGAGCCUGGUGGCUAGACUUGACGGAAACGACAUCAUUGGGACUGAGCCAAACGAGAUCCACCUUGUCAGCCUUGCUCCAGAGUCUGUGCAGCAGCAAAAUACCCUACACGAUGCUCUCGUUGCUCACAUCCAAUACUGCACUGCCCACAUGAACAAGUUGGACUAUUUCCCGUUUGGAUUUUUGGCCGCGCACAAUAGAGACUGGGAUCGCAAGGGAGUCUUUCUGGUCUACAUCGACUUUGAGGAAUCUUUCGAGGUUACUGGAUUUCGGGUUUCGAUAGACAAUGUUUCUACUGCUGCGAAUAUCUUGAGAGAUGACGACAAUGGAGCUAAGGAGGUACGCGACAUCUACGAUAUGGGGAACCAAACUUGA